CGACGGGAUCGGGGCGGUGGGAGCGCGAAGUAGCGAGAAGGCGGCGAGCCGAGAGUCCGGACCGAUCCCGUAGGGACCUGCGCGUCCUCCAGUGCCGCGUCGCAGAAUGGGCUCCCUCGCGGGCUGAGCCCUCCGGGACGGGGGCACCGCGCGUGUGGGAGCGCCUGUUUACAGCUCCCUCUCUUCGGGCUUUUGCGGCGUAGGAAGGGACGAAACAAGCAGCUGGUCGGGAUCGUGCUGUGAAAAAUGAGUGGUGGGUUGGCACCAAGCAAAAGCACAGUGUAUGUGUCCAAUUUACCCUUUGCUUUGACAAACAAUGAUCUGUACAGGAUAUUUUCAAAGUAUGGGAAAGUUGUCAAAGUUACUAUUAUGAAAGACAAAGACACCAGGAAGAGCAAAGGAGUUGCCUUUAUUUUGUUUUUGGAUAAAGAAUCUGCACAAAACUGUUCUCGGGCACUUAAUAACAAACAGUUGUUUGGAAGAGUAAUAAAAGCAAGUAUUGCCAUUGAUAAUGGAAGAGCAGCAGAAUUCAUUCGCAGGCGUAACUACUUUGAUAAGUCUAAGUGUUACGAAUGUGGGGAAGCAGGACACUUAAGUUAUGCUUGUCCUAAGAAUAUGCUAGGAGAGCGAGAGCCACCAAAGAAAAAAGAAAAGAAGAAGAAAAAGAAAAUAGUUGAGCCAGAAGAAAUUGAGGAGGAAGGAGAAAGUGAAGAGGAAGGAGAAGACCCUGCUCUGGAUAGCCUCAGCCAAGCCAUAGCUUUUCAGCAAGCCAAAAUUGAGGAAGAACAACAGCGAUGGACGCAGACUGCAGGGGAAUCUUCAAUUUCAGAUGAUUCGAAACGUCCACGGAUUAAGAAAAGUGCUUAUUUCAGUGAUGAGGAAGAACUUAGUGAUUGAAAUAAUAUUAUUCUAUAUGUAUAUAUAAUAUAUGUAGUGUACCUUUUGUAAAUUGCUACAAAGUGAUCUGUAAUAUAGGUUUGUUUUGGUGUUGGAGACACUGAAAAUCAUGUUGUAUUUUUAUUCUGUCCUCUCACCCUCCUGUCUUUUUAUACCUGUUCUCAAAACUUCACCUUUCAAGGCAGCUUCUUAAGGAAAUGGUGUGUUCAUACACUUAAAUCCAGAAGAGUAUCUAUGAGAAUACUACUUACAGUUAGUAUCUAGACCCAAACCCUGGGAGUGAAAUCUUUCCUAAGAGAAUUUCCCACAACUUUUUUACCAAGAGGAUUCCUCUUAGGAUGACUGAUUCUUUAUGUAUUGGUCUGUUUAUUGCCUGUUUGGAAGCAGGAGGCUUUAGCAGUACUUUAGUCGAAUGUGAAUCUUGCACUAGUUCCUCUUCAUAGGGUUGAAUUUCAGCUUUAAGCAUUGUACUAGUCCUUUAACUCCUCAUACAGUAGAUGAGAAAUUACUGUCGCAUCAGCACUGUUUUUCCUGACUGCAGUUUGGGUGCCUAACAUGGUAAUUGUGGUUAUCCAUAGCGUUUUGAAUAUACUUGUAUCUAACCUGGGUCACAGUUCUAUGUUCACAGCCAUCUGAACCUGUUGGCAAAAUCCAAAAGGCACAAAGUUUCCUACAUGCUUAAAAAUUAGCUUUCAUGUAUACUUGGAACCAUUGUGGUCUCUAAGCAAAGUGUGUGGGCACCUAUUUUGCAAAUAAAGCUGUCAAGACCUUUUAAA